AAAGUGGGCGUCACUCUUGGUGGACGACGAGAGCUCACUCUUUCCUGGUCCUUCGAUCCAACUUCAGAUCCCAGUGUGCAAAACUGCAAAUGGCUCCUAAAUUGCCAAAGCUUGAAGAGGAAUUAGGAGAAGACAGGAUAAGCCAAAUGCCAAAUGAUGUUCUUGUUCGCAUACUCUCGUUGCUUGAUGAUUCAGUUUUGGCUGUGCAGACCACCAUUUUGUCUAAAAGAUGGAACAACUUAUGGACUUCCAUUUCUAGUAUUCGGUUGGGUGAUUUUGAUCACGAGUGUGAUGAUCAUUUCAUGACAUUUGUUGACAGUGUGGUUUCCCUUCAUAACUCGACAGACAUCCUUAAAUUUGGUCUUAUUUAUAAUAAUGAAGGCUCACGAAAUGAUAUGUUAGCUGAUGAUUACGCUCGUAUUCAUAGAUGUAUUUGCACUGUUGUUGAGCACAAUGUUGUCAAGCUUCGUCUUAAACUUUACAAUCCAUUAAAUCUUGAUCAAGAAUUCCCUUUAUUGUUUCCUGAAAGUCUUUUCAUGUGCAAAACACUAGUUGUUUUGAAGGUGAGUUCCAAUUGUAUUAGUUUCUCAAAUUGCCCUAUGGAAGGGUGUUUCCCAAGCCUCAAGGUCCUUUAUCUUGAGAUUGAUGAUUCUGACCACGAUUCACGGAAUUCACUAGAAAACCUUUUUACUUAUUGCCCUGUACUUGAAGACCUGACUAUCACUGGGGUUCUUGCACUGUCAAACAUCAAUAUCUCUGCUCCUGAACUGAAGACAUUAACAAUGAAGCACAUACAUUCUUAUUCCGUUGUCUUUUCCAUUAAUGCCCCAAAGCUGGAAAAUUUUGAUCUCCUUGAUCACUUUCAAUUUCCAAAUAAAUAUAUCCUUGAGAAUGGAAAAUCUCUAGUCAAGGUUAAACUUGAAUUCCUUGAUUAUGAAGAUUAUGGUACUGAUGAUGGCAUUGCUGAUCAUGCUACUGCUCUGUUUGCACAAAUUUCCAAUGUUGAAGAUCUCUCUCUUAGUCUCCAAGGUCUCAAUGCGUCCUACUUGCCUGAGUUUGUCAAUCUGAGUAGAUUGGUGCUUGUUCUGCAUGGUUUCAAUUACUGGGAGUUUCUUAUUGAAUGUCUCAAGAGAUGUCCUAAUCUGAAACAUCUGGACUUAAAACAUGAGGACAAUAAAUGGCAUCGCAGAAAAUACGAGCUUCAAUGGGAGUUUUUCAAUCCACAGGAGCGUCCUGCUUGUUUGGUGUCUCACCUCAAGACUAUCUCCAUAAAAGGCUUCAAGGGACAACGAGAUGAGAUGGAAGUGGCUGAGUAUUUAUUAAAGAAUGGUGAAGUUUUGAAUAGAAUGAGUAUUCACACUGAGAGUGAGGAUCUUCUGUGUACAAAGAAGAAGUUAUACAAGAAACUCUUGACAUAUGUAAGGGGUUCAAGGUCUUGUGUUAUCUUGGCGGAUUGACAUCAUCAUCUUUUGUUGUUUUUGCCGAAUUUUAUUAUGGUUCUUGUUUUAUGUUACUAAUUUCUUGU